AUGGCUCUCAUUAGAAAUUCUCUUCUUAAACUUUCGCCGGUGUCAACAAAAUCUAAUUUAACAGUGCAAAAACGUUUUUAUUUAUUACUUCAUGAAUAUGUUUCUAUGGGAUUGUUAGAAGAAGCUGGUAUUCGUGUACCAAAAUAUCGUGUCGCUGAAACACCUGAGCAAGCCUAUCAAAUAGCUGCAAGUCAAGAACUUGGUAGUGAUUUUGUCAUCAAAGCUCAGAUUCUUGCCGGUGGUCGUGGUAGAGGAACAUUCGAUAGCGGACUUAAAGGUGGUGUUAAAAUGGCGUUUUCACCUGAUGAAGCAAAGCAAGUGGCAAAAAAAAUGCUUGGUCAUCGAUUGUAUACAAACCAAACAGGUCGUGAUGGAAAACCUGUAGAUAAAAUUAUUAUAUGUGAAAAAUUAUUUACAAGACGAGAAUAUUAUUUUGCAAUGGCAUUAGAACGACGUUUUGAUGGUCCCGUAAUUAUAACAUCAACUCAAGGUGGCACGCAUAUUGAAGAGAUUGCUGUUGAACAUCCGGAAGCAAUAAUUCAUCAUCCUAUUGAUAUUGUUACUGGUCUCGAACGUAAAGAUGCAUUGGCAAUAGGAGAAAAACUUGGAUUUCGUAAUGAUGCUCUCCAAGAAGUCACUGAUACUAUGAUGAAAUUAUAUGACUUAUUUAUGAAGAAAGAUAUUGUUCUCUUAGAAGUCAAUCCAUUAACCGAAGCAGCUGAUGGGAAAAUCUAUUGCAUGGAUUGUAAAAUUAAUAUUGACGACAAUGCACAAUUUCGACAACAAGCUGUUUUUGAUGAGAAAGAUAAUGCACAAAAAGAUUGGCGUGAUGUGAAAGCAGAAGAAGCCAAUCUAAAUUAUAUUGGUCUCGAUGGUGAAAUAGGAUGUCUUGUCAAUGGUGCCGGUCUAGCUAUGGCUACAAUGGAUAUAAUUAAAUUGCACGGUGGUAAUCCAGCUAAUUUUCUUGAUGUUGGUGGUGGUGCUUCAGCUGCACAAGUUAAAAAUGCAUUUGAAUUGAUUACUGCAGAUCCACGAGUACAAGCUGUGUUUGUCAAUAUAUUUGGAGGUAUAAUGAGAUGUGAUGUUAUUGCCCAGGGUAUUAUUGCAGCUGCUAAAGAACUUAAAUUGACUAUACCCAUCGUUGUACGAUUACAAGGUACAAGAGUUGAUGAUGCAAAAGCUAUUCUUGCUAAUAGUCAAUUUAAAAUACUUGCUUGUGAUGAUCUUGAUGAUGGCGCUCGAUUAGCUGUUAAACUCGCUCAAAUUGUUAGUUUGGCUCGAUCAGCUUCAAUAGGCGUUCAAUUUGAAUUGCCAAUUUAA